AUGGCAACCGAAGAAGAACGCGGAAUGCACGUGCGAGUCGGAGAACCAAGUGUCUCUCUCCUACCCGAGACCGAAACAUCCAAGGCCGUGAUACAUGACCUCCAUCACAGCGACUUGCUUCCUGUCUAUGACUACAUCUACCAGGAAUUCCUGAUGACCGGCAUUGCCGUUGCCAAUCCGUACUGCACGCGUCUCGUUCUUCGUUGCCCUGCGGAACCCGACAAGUUCUCGGGUCUAGUCAUCAUGGAACCAUCUCACCUAUGGGGUGGGACAACCAUCUGGCGUCUCAUUAAUCGGUGGCUGAUGCGCAAUGGCCAUGCCUGGCUGGAAGUUGAUUCGCAGGCGCCCGCGGCAAUCGACCAGAUCAAAAACAUUGAUCCUGAACGCUACAGAGAGAUGCACUUCAUCCCCUGCCAGACCUUGCAGGAGUUUUCCAGCCACAUCCCCGCCUUUGCUAAUGCAGAAGAGCUCUGGAAUAAUUACAGGAUCUUCAAGGAAAGAUGGUGGGCGGCAACUGUGCAGUCUCCGGAGAUUCUUGUUGCUGCAUCAUAUGCUUCGAAAUCAGGAAAGCUGGGGCUGAAAGCCGAGCGCGUCGUACUAACUGGUCUUUCCCAGACUGCGGACUUGAUAAGAAAGUUCAUCGUGGAGUCUCCCCAUCUCCGACUUCCUGAUGGAUACGCCCCAUUUGAGGGAUUCAUGCCAUGCCAAUGUGACGGCGGUAACGCCCUUCCAGACUUGCGCGAGGCAAAGAUUAUUGAGAUUCUAGGUGAAUUCGAGCUCAUCUAUAGUAAGACACUCUAUGGGGCGAUCGGAAGCGAAAAUCCUCCCCAUCGCCGUCCGGAUAGCAGGUCAUUCCGGCUCUACGAAGUUGCUGGCAUGUCUCAUCGCGAGACUCGAUAUCUCUCCAUGGCCGAUAAGAAGCGUCUGUCGGCUGUUGAUUUGGAGGGUGCCCAGUGGACCACUUUCGCAAAUUCUUUCGUUUAUCACGCUCUCUUCGAUGCUAUGAACAAAUGGAUCACGACCGGUGUGGCUCCCCCGCGAGGCACCACAAUUGAUAUCGACAAAUUCGGGGAGAUCGAGCGAGACGAGUAUGGAAAUGCGCUGGCUGGAGUCAGAACCGUUCAUACAGACGUGCCUACAGCAAAGAUCAUCGAUGUCACCCCUCAGCCACACCCACAUUGGCACACUGGCACUGAGGUCCCUUUCAAGGACGUCCAAUUAUGGGCUGUCUACAAAACGGUAGAAAACUAUCGACGUCAGGCAGGAGAAGCAGUUGAGCGACAGAUCGAUGCCGGAUUUUUGCUGCCGGAAGAUGCCGAGGUCCUGCGCCGCGAUACCAUUGAGCAAGUCUCCUUUUAA